UGCCCUCCAAAUUCUUCCCGGGCCCGGGGGGGCUGAACGAGAAGCGGAAGCAGCGGCGGAUCCGCACCACCUUCACCAGCUCCCAGCUGAAGGAGCUGGAGCGCGUCUUCGCUGAAACCCACUACCCCGACAUCUACACCCGAGAGGAGCUGGCCCUCAAGAUCGACCUCACCGAGGCCCGGGUGCAG